GCGUUGCUCCAAUAUUUAUAUGUGCAAUUCCAAGUAUUAUUGAACAUGAGCAUCUCACAUCAAAUAAUCAAUUCACAAGCAUUCUAGAGUUGAGAAAUAUGGGAGAGAAAAUGUUCAAAACCAAACAUGUAGCUCACUGUUUGGUCUUGGCCUACCCAGGACAAGGCCACAUUAACCCCAUGAUUCAGUUCUCUAAGCGUUUAUCACACAAAGGAAUCAAGAUCACACUUGUAACCACUCUUUCCUUUUGGAACCAAACCAACAACAAUAGCAAUAAUUUCUCUCCGGAUAUCGAACCGGAGAGCAUCUCAGACGGGUAUGACGACGGCGGCCAUUUAGCCGCCGCCACCCUAGAGAUCUACAAAGACACCUUCUGGAAGGUUGGACGCCAAACUCUGUCAAACCUUAUUCGCAAACUCGAAAGUAGUAGUUGCAAUUACAAUAAUGUCCCUGUGGAUUGUGUUGUUUAUGAUGCUUUCAUGCCUUGGGCACUUGAUGUUGCAAAAGAGUUUGGGAUCCUUGGUGCUGCGUUCUUCACUCAGCCAUGUGCCGUGAACAACGUAUACUUGCAUGCUCACAAGAAGUUGAUUGAGUUGCCACUUUCGGAAUCGGAAUAUUCGUUGCCGGGGUUGGUUAAGCUUUUGCCACAAGAGUUGCCAUCUUUCUUGUAUGAGUAUGGAUCCUAUCCUGGCUACUUUGACAUCGUUACGGAUCAGUUUUCAAACAUUCAUAAGGCAGAUUGGGUGCUUGCAAACACAUUUGAUCAACUCGAACAAGAGGUUAUUGAAUGGUUGUCAAAGAUUUGGCCACUGAAGACAAUAGGACCAUGUGUACCAUCUAUGUACCUAGACAAAAGACUCCAACAUGACAAGGACUAUGGUAUCAGUAUCCAUAACCAAAACAUAGAUGCUUGCAUUGAAUGGCUCAAUGACAAGCCCAAAGGUUCAGUUGUGUAUGUCUCUUUUGGAAGCAUGGCAGGUCUAAGUGAGAAACAAACCGAGGAACUAGCUUAUGGUUUGAAAAAUAGUAACUAUUAUUUCAUGUGGGUGGUUAGAGCUUCAGAACAAAACAAACUUCCAAAGGGAGCAUUUUUGGACACAUUAGAAAAGGGUUUAAUAGUUACAUGGUGUCCUCAAUUACAAGUGUUAACACAUGAUGCUGUUGGGUGCUUUAUUUCACAUUGUGGUUGGAAUUCUACAUUGGAGGCUUUGAGCUUAGGUGUUCCUAUGAUUGCAAUGCCACUUUGGACUGACCAAACCAUAAAUGCAAAGUAUAUUAAGGAUGUUUGGAACAUGGGGCUCAAGGUUGUGGUUGAUGAGGUGGAAGGUGUGGUUAAAAGAGAAACUAUUGGGAAUUGCAUAAAGGAAAUUAUGGAGAGUGAGAAAGGGAAUGGAAUUAAGGAAAAUGCCAUCAAAUGGAAGAAUCUUGCUAAGGAUUCUGUUGAUGAGGGGGGAAGUUCUGAUAAGAAUAUUGAAGAGUUUGUGGCAAAGUUGGCUCAGUAUGCUGCUGCCAAAUGAUGAUGCAAUUCUAAAAUUUGUUAUUAAUGUGGACUUCUAAGUUGAAAUUAAAAUAAUAAGGUUGUCAAUAAUUUAAUUUGAAUAAUAUAUAUCUGUAUGGGUAUGGUGAGAAUUUGCCUAUCACAUGGGUAUAUGCCCUGAUUGGGUAAUUUAGUAAUAUUUUUCUAUCCAAAAAAAAUAGGAAAACCAUUUUUUUUCUAUUGAGUUUUGUCUGAUUUGAAAUAUUUUCUCUUUUGAUUUUUUUGGGUACAUUUUUGUAAUUGAAUCUUAUUUUUUGAGUUGAAUUAUAUAUUAUGUGCUGACUGCUAAGCUUGUGUUAAACA